GAGCGAUCGCCGUGUGUCGCACGUUACACAUCCAUUUGUCUCGCUUUAAUUUUUGCCAUAUGAAGCUCAGUUCCGUGGUAUUUUCAAAUUUGAUUCUAUUUUAAACGCAGCGCUCAGCUGUGAAUGAUGUGUUUAUCUGAAAACGGUGCACGAAGGCUAUAACGAUAAAGUGCAGUACAUAUAAGAUCGUUGAACGAGCGACGUUUACCAAAUAAAUAACAUAUUUUUGUACAAUUUGGGAAUCAGUUCAGUUGUGUUCUGUAUUAUUUGUUGUGUGUGCAUUUUUUUUCUCCUGCUUCAUACAUAUACGUCUUGAUUCCAUCUGCGUUGUUUUCAUCAUCCGAUUUGCUUGUUCCGAUUUGGUGAUUUGGCGACGGGUGUUUGGACCAAUUUUGCAACAUCUGUUUAUUUGAACAGCACCAUCGAUUCAGCGAAAGUGUUAAACGCAAAAAUUCGACUACAAUUUGGAAUUGAAUUAGUUUGUGCAUACCAAACGGAAGAAUAAAUUUAAAAAAAUUCUAUCAAAACUGCGCAUUCGCGUUAGAACCAAUCGAACGAGCCACCGAAGAUUAAGCGAAUUUUCAACGAAUUUCAUUUAAGCGCUACGUUUCCAUUCAGCUGUUUUUUUUUAAAUUCGUGUUGCGUUUCAAACGUACUCUCUCGUAUUGAGACAACGGGCCAUUUCCAGCUCCAUACAAUCAAACUUCAUUUUUUUUUCGUUUGGAGAGCCGAAUAAUACAAGAGAAUCAUCGCAUCGUGGAACGUAACGUAUUUACUGUGGUUUUUGUUGUUGCUGUCACAAUCGAGACGAGAGAGCGCACAACGUGUAUCACACACAGAGAAAGAAAGAGAGUGAGAACAGUGAGAGAAUCCGGCCGAUGUGUAUAACCAAAUGAAUGGUAACAACGUCGAAUUGACUUUUGUCAAAUUGUAUUCAGCAGCAGCAGCAGCAGCGACGGCAGCGAUAACAGCAGAGAGCAUAUAAACAGACGCAUACAUUGACACACAUAUACACACUGUUCAAACGUGUGACGGAGAUUCGGCGAAACGAGCGAAGUUUUGUGACCAUCGUACCAUAACAAUUCCGUUUCGUCAGCCAAAACACGACGGUCGACAGACACAGGAGACACAGUGAAUUCGCGCUGUUGGCAGAUCGUACAAAUGCAAUUAUACUGAAUUUCGAAACGAAAUAGUUUAAAGUGAUUGUGUGGGUUGUUUGAAUUUAAUUUUUCGAGUGAAUCGACAGGUAUCACAAGACAAUUAAAUACAUGCCACUUAACGUUUCGGCUACAAACAACGUAAUACAACCGGCGAAUACAUCAUUUAACUAAUGUGACCAUCGGUGUUUGGCAUACCGACCCGAAGUAAACGAUUGACACUUAUAGAAUCCACACAAAAAUAUCCGUGCAUCCGCACAUUGGAAUUGAGAUUUUAGGACGAGAACAAAAACAACUCAACUCCAAAUUAAAAAUAGUUGCCCCAUGCAUUUCGUACGCUUAAUGUAUAUUACUGUGUCGAGAGCAUUUUACAACACACAUUUGUUCCGUGUUCUGAUUCAUUUUUGAACCGCUCCGAGUGAAUGUGUAAUUUUUCAAUUUGUGCGUAAACAAAAUAUAUAAUCUAAUAAUUUAUCCGAAUCCGAAAAAGACUUAGCGACUCAAUACAUGGAAACAAAAAGUGUUCACAGUGCUUCUGACUGUUGCAAAAGUUGAAUGAAACGCGUUACACUAAAUCGAAAGAAAAUUCCAUCGAAUACUCGUCAUUCAUGGGCAAUCGUAUACAAAGUGUAAUCGUAACUAAGAGUUAUCGAGAAAACUGAUAAAGAAAAGAAACAUCGAUUUAAAAUAGCGUACACUUAUCGGGAACGAAAGAAAAAAAAGUUAGCAUUCGCGAUUCAAAGUAGUUAAAUUAAUUGGUUUUAAAAAUUGGAAAAUUAGCAAAUCAGUUGAAAAGAAGAAACAAAAAAAGUAGUAAAAAUGGAUCCGUCAGGUCGAGAUUCGCGUUAUAAUUUAAAUUAUAGCAUGAGCAUUGGUUUGUCAAUGGGUGAAAAUCCGGAUAUUUAUGGGCAAACAAAUCCAGCACUGGUGCGGCCACCAAGUGGCCUGAGCCAGUCGAUGGGUCGCGGUGGUAGCGGCGGUAUGAUGGGCACAAAUCAACAAUGCGGCUCAAUGUCGAACAGUCGUGGCAUCAAACGCACCAGUUCGGAUUGUUAUGAUGAUCGUGGCGGUAUCGGUUCACAGAGUCUCAGUCAGCUGGAAGGAUGUACCGGUGGUGUGCCAGACGUUGUGGACGAUAGCUACACAACAUUGCAGAAAAAAUCACCUCCAGCCAAUGGCAAAAAGACAAAGGGACGCGUGAAAAUCAAAAUGGAAUACAUUGACAACAAACUCAGACGGUAUACAACGUUCUCAAAGCGAAAAACCGGAAUCAUGAAAAAGGCAUACGAAUUGUCCACGCUGACCGGUACACAGGUUAUGUUAUUGGUUGCAUCAGAAACUGGGCACGUGUAUACGUUUGCAACGCGUAAAUUACAGCCGAUGAUCACAUCUGAAGCGGGCAAACAAUUGAUACAGACCUGCUUGAAUUCACCGGAUCCGCCGAGCGGUGCAUUAACCGGUGAUCAGCGCAUGUCAGCGACUGGAUUUGAAGAGACCGAACUCAGCUACAAUAUCGGCGACGACGAUUCAAAAGAUGACCGUUCACCUUUGUCGUCAGGUGAAUCGAGCGACGAGUCAUCAAGUGUUGAAGUGGCCGGCCCUAGUCAUCACAUUCAAGAGCAAAUUGUUCGGCGUCAACGGCAACCACCACCGCCGCCACAACAGCAACAACAACAACAACAGCAGCCGCAAGCCGCACCUACGAAAAAACAAGAGUCUCAACAGUCGCAGCCACAACAAAUUCAAGUUCGAGAGGAAUUAGGCAAAGCGUUCGGAAACAGUACCAGUCUAAAUAGUCUGAUUUAUCCACAAGCUUUAGUCAAUUUACCACAAGAAGUGCUUAUGAACCUGGUUCAAAGUGGUCAUCUCCAAGUUGAAGAAGAAGAAAAUGGACGUCACUUUAUAUCGAUACCGUUAUUGCCAAGCAAUUCUGAUGAAGGUGGAGGAGCAGCGGGUGGCAGCAGCAGUGGCAGUAGUAGCAACAGUAGUCGAAAUAAUGCGAAAAAAUCGGGGACCUGAAAAUCGUUUGACCAUCGAACAGAACUCUCAUAUCUUGUGAAAUCAUCCUAAAUGUUGAUGUUUAUUUAAAUUUAGUUUAAAUCACGUCACGGGAUUGAAUCAAAAUGCUUUCAUUUUUUUGUUUUCUUUUCGUUCGUCGCAUGAUUAACCAUGCCAAUUUUCUUUUUCUUCCUUCCACACAUCAUGUACAUAGGUUCGAAAUGAUAUAAUUGUUUUGCAAAUCGAGUCUUCUGUAAAAUAUAAUAAAUAAUAUAAUCGCCAAAUAUGUAACCAUUAACGAAUUUUCAAUUGUUUUCACUCUUAUAUUAGAAUGACUUCUCACCGAAUCAUUAGGUCAUCAUCAAGUCAUCAUCGUCGUCGUCAUUCGAUCUAUUAACCAAUUUAUUGUUAUCAAUUUGAAAUCGUUCAAAAUAUUCGAAUUCAAAAUUCAAAGAAUAAACUGAUUUGAAUUUGGUGUGAACCAAUUAAAAGAAAAAAACGUCUGCAUUAAUUUUUUUUUUUUGCUAAUUUUUAAGUUUUUUCAACAUAAUUCAAUCGUUUGCCUAUCUCAAAUGAACCCAUCAACGAAUUUCUGGUUUAAGCAGAGAUUCUGCACACCAAACAUUGUUUAUAUACUUAAUCCAAUAUUCGUACCAUUUCACAUUAAGUGAAUUUUGGUUUUCCGUUUUGAAGAAACGAGAGGUAAAUUUCAUUUAUGCAAAUGUUUUCGCCUUUGUCACUGAAAAAUAAAACCCAAUAAAUACGUAUAUUUAUUUAAAAAUUGAAUUUAGGUGUUAAAGCAAAAUGAAUUCUGUAAACUAUUGAAAAACUGAUGAAAAAUGAUAUUUUUUAAUGAAAUAAAUCAAUAUUCAUGCAAAGAAAA